AGGCCUCAAGUGGCCAAAACCCUCUCAAUUACUUUCAAUUGGCAACAUCCAUGCACUCGGAGAGUCUGGGUAAUCACUCCAAAUUUAGAGAGUGUAAACUUGUAAUGGGGCUGAGGGGAAAUGAGCAGCUUCCUUCCCUCGGCACAGGCGCUGAGAAAUCGAAAUGGAGGCAAAUGCUGCUUUUUGGAGGCCGAAUUUCAGCUUCGCCCCUUGCUUUCGCUGCGUGUCCCUCGGUGCCAGCUCAGUGACAGCUGUCCCUGCUGGGCCACCCUGCUCUGGCCAGCUCCGCAGGGAGCAGCAGCAGCAGGGGCUCUGCUGCCUGUGGCUCAGCACGGGAGCCCAAACCUGCAGGUCCGGGUGCCCUCCCCUGUGCUGCUGGGUGGGGAUGGUGUGGCUCAGCGCUCGGGCUUGCCAAGGGCUUGGCUUGGCCAGCAGCUCCCGGCAGGCACAGCCCCAGCGCCGGGGCCAGGAGCAGCCGUGUCCCUGCAGCACCCCGCAGCCACGCGUCCCCCAGCCUGCUGCAGACAACUGUGGAACAUUCUGGCGUUUGAAACAGCAUGCAGAGAAUGGAAACAGCUGGCUGGAGAGGUUGCAGCUGAAUGCUCACGGUGGGAACCUGAGAAGAGGCUUGACAGGACUGGGGCACUGCUUCUAAUAUCUGAAUAUGACUGAGUGAAAGUGAAAUUUCAGUGCCUGCCAGCUUGUGGUUUAUUGUCACAGGAACAGGAAGUUUCCAGGAGGAGAAGCAGUCUCCUUCUGUGGAUGCAUCAAAACCACAAACUAUGAAGCCAUCUGAAACUAGGUCUACACCGACAACCAAAGCAGGAACUGAAAAAAACACCCAGUCAGACAAGCCAACAGACUCUCAAAAUAAACAGCUGUCUGAAGAGAAGCAAAAGGAACCCAGUGAUGGAAACAACCAAACCACACCUACUGUGACAACAGCUUCUAAACCAAAUAACACAGGAAAAGUAACUACAACUCAGGCUGGCCAGCCUCCACCAGCAACAUCCACAGAGACACCAAAGCAAAAGUCCACGGAGAUGUCCACUGUGACGGGUGCAGCUGCUGGAACAGGCACAGCUGGUGCAAGUGUGGCUGCUGCUGCUGACAAAUCAAGUACUGAGCCUGGCAUGGAUGAGUCAGCACUUGAUAGCCUGAUAGAUACCCUUGGUGGACCUGAGGAAGAUGUGCCCACUACUCCUGUUUACACUGGCCCGGAAAUUACGGAAGAUAUAUAUUCAAGAUACUUGGAAGAACUGGGCAAACGGGAAGGUAGUCUCCCUCCAGAGUACGUUAAACUGUUGAAGAGCAAAGGAUAUGGCAAAGAUGUGGUCCCACCAAAACCGAAUGUGCAAGAUGAAAAGCCAAUGACAGAUGAUGAGCUUGCAGACGCCCUGUCAUCUGACUUCACCUGCAGUGCUGCUUCUGCUCAGGAGAAGACAAGUCUUACAGAGAAACCAAAUAAAGAAGGAGAAACUGUGCAAGCACAAGCAGCAAGUUCAGUCAAGACCUCAGUUCCUCCUAAGGAGAAGAAAACAAAAUCAAAAGAGGAAAUGAAAGAUGAUGCAAUGGAUGCUCUUCUGGAUACUCUUGGAGGACCUGAACCUGAACCUGAAGAAGAUCCUACCCCUGUUGUAGAGGUGUCAGAGGCUAAAGCCAAAGAGAAGAAGGAACAAAAGGCUGGAGAACAUGAUGAUACAAUACCUCCAGAGUACAGGUUAACACCAGAGUUGGAUAAAGAUGGAAAACCAAUACUGCUGAAGCCUGAAGAAAAACCAAAGCCUAUGAGUGAAUCUGAUCUUGUUGAUGAAUUUUCAAAGGACUUUGCCUGCCCUGCACAGCCUGCAGUACAACCCAAAGCACCAAAGCCCAGCAACACAUCCAAAAAGCAAUCAGGUUCUGUGUCUGCAAAAGCCACUGAGGAUAAGGUGGUCUCCCGUGCCACAGCUUGCACUGUGCAGUCUGCAGCUCCUGUACCUUCAGUCGGUCCUGUGUCAGAUGAAGCACUGGAAGCCUUGUCCAGUAGCCUAGGAAAGAGGGAGCCUGAUCCAGAUGAGAAAAAACCUGCUGUGGACAAAGUUAAGGAGAAAACCAAAAAGAAGCAACACAAAAAACUGGGUGAAGAGGAAGAAACAAUUCCUCCAGAAUACAGAUUAACAGAAACCAAAGAUAAAGAUGGAAAACCACUCCUACCAAAACCAGAAGAGAAGUCACAGCCUAUGAGUGAAAAUGAUCUUUUAGAGGGUUUGACAGAAGGAUUUUCCUGUUCUCCAUCACCACCUGCACCAUUGCCUACAUCAACUGUGCUAAAGAAAUCCAAGGAUGGUGCCAAGCCUGCGAGUUCCUCGGAUGUGAUCUCUGCUGCUACGGUUUCCUCAGUGCACUCAGCAGCCCCUGCACCUUCUACCACUGGAGGAAAAGAGAUGGAUGAAGCCUUAGAUCUCCUGUCUGAUUCCCUGGGACAGAGGGAACCUGACCCUGAUGAGAACAAACCAGUUGUGGAUAAAGUGAAGGAAAAGGCUAAAUCUGAACACAGAGACAAGCUUGGAGAGAGAGAUGAAACAAUCCCACCUGACUAUCGAAAACUUCUGGAGUCAGGUGAGCAGAGUAAACCAGCAAAGCCAACAGCAAAGGAUGAUGUGAAACACAAAGGAAAGAAGAAACCUGUGGAUGACAGUGCAGCUAUUGAUGCCUUAUCAGGUGACUUUGAUACUUGUGCAAAGGCUCCUGCUACGCCCCAGCCCUCAAAGUGUAGGACAAAAGUGGAAAGGAAUCUACGACCACUAAACCAAGCUCAAAGGAUAAAGGAAAGCCCAGAGAGCCUAAAACGGCAAAGGGACAGUCCUCCAGCAGCAAAUCUGAGAAGCAGAAAGCAAGCUAAACGUUAACCUUACCAGGAUCCUGCUGCAUCGUGUAAAAUGUCUUCUUUCUGUGGGUGGAUGAUUAUUCCUGAAGAACAAAAGCUGAUGCCAAAAGCACAUAGUUAUUCUGGGUGGUUUUUGUACAGUGAUACUUGCUGGACUUUUUCUCAUCUUUUCUUUUUCUCCCAGUAGUAGACUCAGGUUUAUUUCUCUCCCCUAGCAGUUCAGUUUAUUAAGACUCACAUAGUUUGACUUUUUUGUAAUUUCCUUCAGCAUUCAGGGGGAAAGAAUGCUUUCUAUUUGCAGGAAAUAUAUUGCACCAAUGAAGAGCUAUGCCAAAAAAAAAAAAAAAAAGAAAAAAAAAGAAAGAGAAAAAAUUAUCUGCAGACUUUUGCACAUAAUCUUCACAUAGUGCCUGUAAAUCUCUGAAGAGUUCAUAUGUGCUAGCAUUUUUCAAUGUUGCAGUGGAUGCAUUAAGUAUUCUGGAAUAUAGUGAGCUUUAGUUACCCUCAGCUGGGCUGUGCAGCCUUCUGCUCAGGCCAGCUCCUGGUGGGAAGCUGCAGGCUAGCUGUGGGGUGGCUAAAGAGUGAGAAACUGGGGAUUAGCCGCUUCUUCCAGCACGUCUGGACAUCAAGCAGGUAUCUGGGAUGCUGCCUUUAGCAGUAGUUAAAACACACUAGGGCAGGACUUUUUUUUUUUUUUUUAAUUAUUAGUAUUACCAUUAUUUCCAAUUGUAUCUGUACUGUUAUCUCAUAAUUUCAGGAGUCUCCUGGACUGGACAAAUUACAAAUGUAACAGCUACCAACACAAAGGGGUGGGGAAGGAAAGGAGGGGCACGAGCCUCAGCAGCGAUCAAAGCUCAGGUCCAGGGGCGGGCUCCUUUUUAUCUUAUUUUGCACUGUUUCUAGUCCUCCUGUCCCUGGCACUCCAGCAGGGAACACAGGGGUGGGGCUGAAGGCGUUGCUGCAGGGAGCAAAGCCCCAUUCCUGCUGUUCCCUGUGAGGGCAGGCACAGCCGCAGCCCUGGGUGUGCCACCACCUCCGCGGGCUUCCCUCCGCCUCGCUGCCCUGCAGAAUGUCCUUCUGCACGUCCUGACACGCUCACAGCUCUGCCGUGGGCUGGCAAAGGGAGGCCGCUGGCAGCAGAGCCCAGGGUCUGCGGGCAGGGAUGGUGCAGAGGCUGAAGUUGGGGAUAUUUAGACUCGUGACUGUACUUGCAGUCUGCACCGUGCCGCUCCAAUAAAGUUUUUAAGGAUG